AUGAUCAGGGCAUCGGUACGAGAGUAUGUUGCGCUCCUCGGAGUCCGAUCCGGCCCUGGUUCGUCGCAGGCCAUCAGCAGCAUCUGGGCCAGGAGCUUCUCUUCACAACCCCAGUUCCUAGCCAGGACUGCUGCUCCGAGACGCAUGCUAUCAUCUUCUACCCGGCCGCAUAUCACAACCCCCGCUACUAAGUUCCGGCCGUCGCCUUGGCGAUCAUCACGGCGCAACUUUCAUAACUCCUCGAGACGACGUGACACUAAGAAUACCACCGACGGUGCAUCAAGUAAUGGUUCGUCAAGCAAAGUUCAAGAGCCCCAGGGCCUUUCUGCUAGGCUGAAGAAGCUCUCGAGAGAAUAUGGCUGGACUGCCGUGGGGGUCUAUCUGGCGUUGAGUGUCUUGGAUUUUCCGUUCUGCUUCCUACUGGUCCGAGUUGUAGGCACCGACAGAAUAGGGGAAAUCGAGCACUACAUCACUUCGAAUGUCAAAAAGUUGAUCCCACAGCGCCUCAAGGACAGGUGGCACGAAUAUCAGAAGGCACUCAAGCAAGCCGAGAAGGAGAACCUGGGAAAUGACGAGAUUAGCGAACACGUCGAAAUGGCCGGCUGGGGAGUGCAGGAGGCAGAAGAAAGAAACAAGGCUGAAGCUAGUCUUGGAACGCAGCUGGCGCUCGCCUACGCUAUCCACAAAAGUUUCAUCUUCAUUCGGGUUCCUUUGACUGCCGCUGUGCUGCCAAAGGUUGUGAAGGUGCUCCGGUCUUGGGGAUGGAAGAUCGGGAAGAAGAAGGCCAGCAAGGCCAAGCCCUGA